AUGGUGGAGCGCAUCGUGAACUCCUCUGGAUGGAGUGCUGGUAUACCCUCCGCCACAGGCGAGGAGGUGCUUCGAACCCUUUCCAGAACCUUUUCUGGCAAGUCACGACACGACGAAGAAAUGGAACGACUGGACGAAGACAAUAGUACAGACGCCGAUUCAACCAAGACCAAGGUUGAUAUCUGGAGGCUUGCACACCAUGUCAAGGAAUUCCAAAAUAAUGAUCCAGCCGACAGUCGCAAGUUAGGUGUGACGUGGAAUAAUUUGACUGUCAAGGUAGUACCUGCAGAGGCUCAUAUCCAGGAGAACUUCAUCAGUCAAUUCAACAUCUUUCAACAAAUCAAGGAGAGUCGUCAAAAAUCAGGCCUGCGGAAGAUCUUGGAUUCAAGUUCAGGAUGUGUAAAGCCUGGUGAGAUGUUACUGGUACUGGGCAGACCCGGCUCCGGAUGCACCACAUUGCUCAAGUUGCUCGCAAACAAGCGCAAAGGCAGAUAUGCGGAAAUCGAGGGAGACGUUCAUUUCGGCUCGUUAACUGCUAAAGAAGCCGAGCCUUACCGUGGCAGCAUAGUAAUCAACACGGAGGAAGAGUUGUUCUACCCGACCAUGACUGUAGGAAAGACUAUGGAUUUUGCCACCCGACUCAAUGUCCCCGACACACUACCAAAAGAUGCCAAGAGCCGCGAGGAGUACCGCGUGCAGUUCAAAGAAUUCCUCCUCGAAUCCAUGGGCAUCAGCCAUACCGAGGAAACACAAGUGGGUGACGCUUUCGUCCGCGGCGUCUCUGGCGGAGAGAGGAAACGAGUGUCCAUUAUUGAGACCCUUGCUACACGAGGUAGCGUCUUUUGCUGGGACAAUAGUACACGAGGCCUGGAUGCAAGCACAGCACUCGAGUAUACCCGUGCAUUGCGAUGUCUGACAGACGCAAUGGGCCUUGCAACUAUUGUCACGCUUUAUCAAGCAGGAAACGCCAUCUACGAUAUGUUCGACAAGGUGCUUGUGCUUGACGAAGGCAAACAAGUCUUCUACGGUACACGCGAGCAAGCUCGCCCAUUCAUGGAGGAGCAGGGGUUCAUUUGCGGUGAAGGCGCCAAUAUUGCCGACUUCCUCACUGGUGUCACUGUUCCCAGUGAAAGGCAAAUCCGCCCAGAAUUUGAGAGUCGCUUUCCCCGCAACAACUUGGAGUUGGAGCAAGUCUACCGCCAAUCGCCAAUCAAAGCAGCUAUGGACCAAGAACUUAAUUACCCUACUACCGAGGAGGCCAAAUCAAACACGCAAGCAUUCCGAGAAGCCAUUACACUUGACAAGUCCAAAUCACUACUAAAGUCAUCGCCGUUUACAGUUUCAUUCCAAGAGCAGGUGAGAGCAUGCAUCGCUCGUCAAUACCAGAUCAUUUGGAGUGACAAGGCUACCUUGUUUAUUAAACAGGGUAGUUCUUUCAUCCAGGCUUUAAUUGCUGGAUCACUGUUCUACAACGCACCUGACAAUUCUUCCGGACUAUUUAUUAAAGGUGGAUCCUUGUUUCUGGCCCUUCUCUUCAACGCUCUCAUGGCCAUGUCGGAGGUUACCGACAGUUAUGCUGGUCGUCCCAUUCUGGCAAAACAAAAGAACUUCGCCUUUUUCAACCCGGCUGCUUUCUGCAUCGCACAAGUAACUGCAGAUGUUCCAAUCAUCUUCAUUCAAGUCACCACUUUUGUUGUCGUCCUGUAUUGGAUGACAGCUCUGAAAGCCACAGCCUCAGCAUUCUUCACUUGUUGGUUCUUGGUCUACCUGACAACCUUUGUCAUGACGGCAUUCUUCCGUAUGAUAGGUGCAGCUUUCAAGAACUUUGACGCUGCCUCAAAAGUCUCCGGAUUUGCAGUCACGGCUUUGAUUGUCUACGCUGGAUACCAACUCGCCAAGCCAGAGAUGCAUCCAUGGUUUGUUUGGAUCUAUUGGAUCGACCCACUCUCGUACGGCUUGGAGGCAAUGUUGGCAAACGAGUUCCAUGAUCAAAUUAUCCCCUGCGUCAACGCCAAUCUCAUCCCGAACUUCCUUCCAGAAUACCAGAACACUACCAGUGCCGCCUGUGCCGGUGUUCGCGGCGCAUUGCCUGGAGCCACAUCCGUCUUGGGCGACGACUACUUGGCUGGCCUCUCAUACUCGCACGAUAAUGUGUGGCGCAAUGUCGGUAUCUUGUUCGCUUGGUGGUUUCUGUUCGUUGCACUUACGAUCUUCUUCACCCUGGGAUGGGAUGAUGCUGCUGGUUCGGGAGGAUCGCUUGUGAUACCUCGUGAAAACCGCAAGAUUGCCCAACAUGCAUCGCAGCGAGACGAGGAAGCUCAAGUGACUGAGAAGGCACCUGCUCAUGAUGGUUCUGGAACUGGGAAUUCGCAAUCUCUUGGUGCCAAUCUGAUACGCAACACCUCAGUAUUCACUUGGAGAAACUUGUCCUACAUCGUCAAAACUCCAAGCGGAGACAGAACACUUUUGGACAAUGUUCACGGCUAUGUCAAACCAGGCAUGCUUGGUGCGCUCAUGGGAUCCUCGGGUGCAGGUAAGACUACAUUGAUGGAUGUCCUUGCCCAGCGCAAAACUGAGGGAACCAUACAUGGCGAGAUUCUGGUAGAUGGGCGUCCGUUGCCAGUCUCAUUUCAGCGUUCAGCAGGAUACUGUGAGCAGCUUGAUGUCCAUGAGGCAUUCUCUACCGUCCGAGAAGCGCUUGAAUUUUCAGCCCUCUUGCGCCAGAGCCGCGACACGCCCAGAGCGGAGAAACUUGCCUAUGUUGAUACGAUCAUUGAUCUCCUUGAGCUUCGGGAUCUUGAACACACUUUGAUAGGACGUCUUGGCGCAGGUCUCUCUGUCGAACAGCGGAAGCGCGUCACGAUCGGUGUCGAAUUGGUCUCCAAGCCGUCAAUUUUGAUCUUCCUCGACGAGCCCACUUCUGGAUUGGAUGGCCAGGCUGCCUUUAAUACCAUGCGAUUCCUUAGAAAAUUGGCCGACGUUGGUCAAGCCGUCUUGGUCACUAUUCAUCAGCCGUCUGCCCAACUUUUCGCUCAAUUCGAUACGCUUCUGCUGCUCGCCAAGGGCGGUAAAACGGUCUACUUUGGUGAAAUUGGUGAGAACGCAAAGACGAUCAAGGAGUACUUCGCGCGCUAUGACGCACCUUGUCCACCCAAUGCCAAUCCUGCAGAGCACAUGAUUGAUGUGGUGACGGGAGCCCAUGGCAAGGACUGGAACAAGGUCUGGCUCGAGUCGCCAGAAGCUGAGAAGAUGCACCGCGAUCUAGAUCAUAUUAUUACCGAAGCAGCAGGCAAGGAAACAGGAACGACUGACGACGGCCACGAGUUUGCCAUAGAUCUCUGGUCGCAGACCAAGCUUGUCACUCAAAGGAUGAACAUCAGUCUGUACCGCAAUAUCGACUACACGAACAACAAGCUUGCUCUGCACAUUGGUAUUGCCCUGUUCAUAGGAUUCACCUUCUGGCAGAUUGGUGACUCGGUAUCGGAACAGUCGAUUCUCCUCUUUGCCCUCUUCAACUAUGUUUUCGUCGCACCCGGUGUCAUCGCACAACUUCAGCCUCUCUUCAUCGAACGUCGGGACCUUUACGAAACUCGAGAGAAGAAGUCAAAAAUGUAUUCAUGGGUUGCUUUCGUCACUGGGCUCAUCGUCAGUGAGAUACCGUAUCUCAUCCUAUGCGCCAUAGCCUACUUCCUCUGUUCCUAUUACUCUCAGGGGUUGCCGUCCGGAUCUGACAAAGCUGGCGCAGUCUUCUUCGUUAUGCUUGCGUACCAAUUCAUGUACACUGGCAUUGGUCAAUUCGUGGCAGCCUACGCACCCAAUCCCGUCUUCGCAUCGCUCGUCAACCCCCUCCUCCUGGGUACGCUGACCUGCUUCUGCGGUGUGCUCGUCCCGUAUGCGCAGAUCCAAGAGUUUUGGAGAUAUUGGAUGUACUGGCUCAAUCCCUUCAACUACCUCAUGGGCGCGCUUCUCGUGUUUACCGAUUUCGACCGGGAGAUCAAAUGCACAGACAGUGAGUUUGCCACAUUCGACCCUCCUUCUGGUCAAACUUGUGGACAAUACUUGGAUGCGUGGUUGAACGGCCCUGGUGCCCGCACCAACUUGGUUAACCCGGACGCUACUAUGGAGUGUCGCGUCUGCCAGUACACUCGUGGCAGUGACUAUCUUGUCACUGUCAACCUCAACGACUAUUAUUACGGAUGGCGCAACGCGGCCAUUUGUGUCAUUUUUGUAUUUUCCAGUUAUGGCCUGGUCUACCUGAUGAUGAAACUCCGUACUAAGGUUUCCAAAAAGGCCGAGUAG